GUUUACGCAUUUCUCCUCCCUCCCUCUCUCUCUCUUUUGGUUGUUGCGCGCACGACUUCCUUCCUCGAGAAGGAGAAGGGGGAGCCCGCCUGCCCAGCCCCAGCCCAGCUGCCUGCGUCGCCGCCACCACCACCUCCUCCUCCUUCCUCCCCCGCUGCCGCUCCCGCUUCGGUCGCCUUCGCGCUCGCAGCGGAGAGGGAGGCUCCGAUCGGGGCCUCUGUCUCCCGAAGCCCAAGGCCUAUUAUUUUUCUCGGGAAUCAGAUUUGGAUACACUCUUCAAUAAUUGUUGUCAGAGGUGUGAACAUCGAACUUCUCGAUAUCUUCUUUUGGGAGCAUUUUAGAUAUUCUCCAAUUCAAAAGGAAUAACACUCAGCUGAGACAAGCAUUAUCUCAGCUACUGGAAGGCCUCAAUGUCCAAAGUUUUGGAAAGAAGAAAUUCAUUUGGUACCACCACUCCUACGAGUUCAGCUUCAGCUUCAGAUUCGAAAAAGAAUGAGAAGACGGUAUCACGCUAUCUAAGACCUUCUACAGGCUCAUGUCAUGAUUUAUGCAAGCAUGGACACAGGAAUCCUUCUGAAGAAAAGCUUCUGCUUUCAGGGGGGAGAAGAAAGAAACUUCCAACUCAUUCAAAUAAUUUGACACUGCAUGGGUCAGUUAUCUUAGAUGCACCCAAGGAUGUCAGGAACAGAAGAAAUAUUUCACUAGUCAAGUCGAGUAUAUCACUGGGUGAAGCUGAUCGUGUUGUUAACAAGAUAAAAUCAGAAAAUUUAAGAGGCGCUGCAUCAUCAGAACACUUGGUUCCACGCAUCGCUUCAUCAGCAGAUCAUAAAAACGUGAACUCUGAUGGCAGAAAGAAACAUCCAAUGGUUACCCAGAGGACUUUGGCUAAUCCAAGGUAUUCCAGUGGAGUACCCAAUUUUGAUAAAAAAGCAGCAAUGCCAGUCAAGGGUUCAAAGUUGCCAGAGAAGACACUGCAGGAAAAAGCUAGAACUGUGGAGAAGGCCACUACUCUCAAGCAACCGUUAGUUAAGAAACCAGCUUCACUUCCUACUAAACUGAACUUGAUUAAGAAAGUUCCUGUGUCAUCUCAGGCUUCUAAUAAUCUUGUAUCUUCAAGAGAUAAAAGUACUCUGAAAGGAAAGGUUCCUUCUUCACCAGCAAUUAUUACUGGCAAGCGUACAAGCAAUACUGGUAAAACUAUGAGGUCCAGCAAUGCAAGUAUCAAUUGCAAGGAACGCUCAGAUGUGCCCAGAACACCAUUCUCCAUUGAAGAUGAGUUUAUUGCAUCUGUUGAAUUACAAGAAGGUGAUGUGGAGUCAACAGUAGUGGAGCUGUUUCCAGAUGCCACAGAAUAUGGAGACAUAUCUGAAACAGCACCAAAAGAAGAAAGCAGAAUCGGUUCAGAGGAUGGCUUGGAUAUGUCUGAAAUAUCGUCUUCUGUCCAGUCUGAGUUGACUGCUUCUGUUGAAACAGAUGAAGAUGAUGUGCAAGGUUCAUCUAUUACAGGCCAUCUUGUGGAGUCAGCGCUAGCAGAAAUGUCUUCACAUGCCACAGAAUAUGUAGAAGAAUCUCAACCAGCACCAAAAGAAACAAGUAGAUUCAGUUUAGAGGAUGGUGUGGUGGAAAGUAAUGAAGUGAGUGAACCAUUGGUCUCUGAACUCCCCGUUGCUGCUGAAUUGCAGCUAUCAUUUGAUAAUCAAGAACUCAAGACUAUGCUCAGUAAACCGGAUCUAGAGCAUAUGCAACCAGAGAAAAAUUCCACUAAUGGUCGAGCUUCAACGGAUGAAGACAUCCGAACAGAUGAUGCAGCUCUCUGCCAGCUACCCAAACAAUUAACAGCUGUGCAAAAUGCAGAUGUAUAUGAUUCUGCAUUAACUGAAAGUAGCUCGGGAAUGGAAGCUGAUCGAGUGAAAGUCAGUGCUAGUGUGGAGUCUGUAAUCACUGAAAAUAAGGAGGACAUGGGUGCUCAUGAAGACCUUCAAGGACCUCCAGAACUGUGGGCAGUUGAUGAAAAACAUGCUGAGGAUCCUGAGUAUUGCCUCGAUUGCACUACAGGAAAUGUAGCUGAAAAUGUCGAGGCUGCUGAAAUUGACGAUGUUGGGAAUAUUAAUAGUACAUCUCAUUGCCAAUCAAUUUUAGAAACUUCAUCCGAUGGUGAACUUCUGGAGCAAUCAGAGCCUGUGCCAAUUGAUUCUAAUCUACAAACCGAUGAGUUAGCAAGUGUCCAUAACAAUGACACCUCUGAACAGGAUGAACUGAAAUCAAUGAUUGUUGCUCAACAGUUAGUGGAAGAACUAUCAGAUGAUGAGAAUUAUGAAGAAUAUGAUUAUGAGUUAAUUGAAUUAGAUGACUUUGAUGCAGAAGAUGAAGGAGAAGCAAUCAACCCAAAUGAUGAAUCUUCAAAGGCUAAAGGCCAAAGGCUGCAAAGGAUCUCAUCACUUCACCCAGAUGAUGCUAGUACCACACCUUACAAAUUGAAGUUUAAAAGGGGUAAAAUUGUAGAACUCACACCAGACAGUAAUGGCCCGAGAAGACUCGUAUUUAGAAGAAGAGCUGCCAAUGAAGUUGCAAAUGGUGAAGGUCAGCUAGUGAGAAGGAUUUAUAAGAGGAAUACCAGAAAUAAUGGUGUUCCUACUGAGCCUGACUUGGAAUCUCCUUCAGUGAAACUGAGGCAUCAAGAUACACAAGACAAGAAGGAUGCGCAGGGACUGUUCAACAAUGUAAUAGAAGAAACUGCAAGCAAGCUUGUGGAGUCUAGGAAAAGCAAGGUAAAAGCUUUGGUUGGUGCUUUUGAAACGGUGAUACUUCUCCAGGAUAGCAAUCCCACUACACCACAGGCAGGUAACUCACCACGACUUCUUGGCGAUUGCGGAAGCAAGCGCAUAUGUUCCUCUGCAUCGCCGGGCUGCCGUUCGAACGGCGAUUGAAGGUUUGCUGCAUGAAGCGCAUCUUUUUACCACUGAAUGUAGUGAUUAUCCUCUGGGUAUUGGAAUCUUUGGUUUUGCAAGUUCUUUCUUGAGAGAUACGGCUGUCAAUACCCCGCUAGAGCUUGAGGAGGAGGAUUUGCUUAUCACCUUUGUGCCGCAUAAUGAAGCUCUUAACAGACGCACUACCUCAUUUGGCCCAGAGAUUUGGUUGAUGUUUUUUGGAUUUCCUUACGAUUACCAAACAGACUACUACAUCACCAAGGCUUUAGGGGGUUAUGGAUCUCUUGUCAAUUGGUACAAUCCUCGCCAGGAUAGACGGUACAUGCUCAUCAAAGCUCGCGUUAUCCGUCUGAAUCUCGUGCCCAAGAGUUUUAUUGUUUGGCAGUUGGGAGGUGCACGAGACUGCUGGACGGUCCAGGUUACUAUUUUGAGAAGCAGUGACUGGAAUGGGUUGCUGCCUGAUGUGCUGCCUCCAAAUGAAGAACCUCCUCCCGCAGAUGGCAAUCCACAUCCUCAGUUCGGGCCUGAACUCACUGCUGAACAACUUUACCAGCAGCAAGUUCACAACUGGCUGGUACAGAAUGCUGCCCCCAAUCACCCUGUGCAUCACAACAAUGCAGAAGCUCCCAACCAAGGGUGGGCUCCCUGGCCUGAACCUCCAGCUCCUCCUAUGCCACCCCACCUAAUGAACUUCCAAGCCUGGCUGGCCUCUCAGGGUUUGACUGUUAUGCAUGGAGUGGUUCCUGACAAUAAUGUCACUGACAAUCCUAUGCAAGCAUGGCAUGAGGCGAUUACUGAAUCUUCUGAAUAUACAUCCUCGGAAGACUCUGAUGCCACUGUCUCCGACUUGCUUGUUAUGCCAGUGACUUCUCCAGGAGCCUUUUCUGCUGCUCUGGCGGCUCCAUCUGCUGCUGCUGACGUGGUUACCAUCUCUGUCGACAUUCAUGACCAAGGUAUGCGCUUUGGUCUAUCUGCUCAGGGCGAUUCCCUCAUGGAAAUCCUUUUGGCCAACCCUGUUCCCCGACAGCAACUCAAUACUGCACUUUUCAAUGCCAUCCGGCCUAUACUUGCUACAAGGGGACCAUGGGCUGCUGGUUUUGGAUUCAGACACGAGGUUAUGCACUUUGAAGUUCAGGUCACUGCUGGCCCUACUGGCAUUCAAUUCUCACAAAAUACUCUGCUUGCUUCGGCAACUACUGCAUCAGUGCUCAUUGAUGAACUUUCUGACAGCCAGGCACCACUUGUUGAUCAGUCCAGGCUGGAGCCACAGGGCUCCAUGGAAGCUUCUCAUGUGCUGCUGACUGAAACUGAGGAUUCUGCCACUGUGGUGGUACAAACCAACAAUUUCAGUUCUGAUUCGGAGACUGAUUCACACCUCAUGGACUUGGCUGCACAUCACUCUGAAACUCAGACUGGCCUGCUUCAGAUUGCGACAGGUGCCAUUUCUGAAACUACAAUCAGUGCGGUGGGUUCUUCAGCUCAUAAACGCAAAGGAAAGGCGCCAGUCCCCAUUGACACUUCCACUCUCCGUCGCAGCACUCGUACUAACAAAUAUGAUGGAUUUCGCACCACCUCUCUGUCUGAAGCCAAGGUCUCUAAAUCCAAGGUAAAACCGCGCACUGUUCCUACAGCCGUCUCUGCUGGUCCUGCAACUGCUGCUUCAAAUCAAAUGGCUCCUGAAGAUCUCCCUCCUCCAACUGACAUUGCCACAAUGCAAGCCAUUGGCACAAAUCUAUGUGCUAUCCCGGAGGAGGAGCUCACGGUUGCUGCUUUCACUGAAGACCCGGCGGGGACCUCUUCAUCAACCUCAGCUUGAUUCCUCGCUUUAUUUCUUCGCUUAAUGGCUCUUUUGCAGUCGUGGAACGUACUUUGUUGGAACAUUCGUGGUCUUAAUGCGGACAAAAAGCGCUUAGCCUUAUCUAAUGCGAUCCAGUCUAGUGGAUGUGCGAUUAUCUGUCUUCAAGAGACUAAAAUGCAGACGUUUGAUGCUA